GCCAAUUGACAUUACGGUAAUUUGUACAUUCUACAUAUUACCAUCUUGUGUCAACUAGUUAGGAAUCUUCAUAUAAGCGUUAAGUUUUAGUGAAAUAGUUAACAACAAUUACAGUGUAGAAGUGUUUAAUAUUAGAUUUUGAGUUUCAGGCGUGGUUUUAAAUCCGAGAAGUUGUCGUCGUCGUUAAGUCGUCUAUAUAAGAACGGAAAUAUAAUAAUCCCACGAAGAACAUCGGGAAAAAAUUAUAAUGCCGGGUUUUAGCAGUGCGGGCACAUUCAAAAUAUUUAUCGGAAAUUUAGCCGAAAAGACGGCCGUUGCCGAACUGCGUCCCUUGUUCGAAAAAUACGGCAAAGUUGUCGAAUGUGACGUCGUGAAGAAUUUUGGUUUCGUUCAUAUGGAAAACGAAACCGACGGACGCGAAGCCAUUAAUAAUUUAAACGGACAAGUUUUGAACGGUCAAGCGAUGAAAUGCGAAGCGGCGAAAAGUCGGAAAGCCCCUCAAACGCCUACGACUAAAAUCUUCGUGGGAAAUUUGACGGACAACACGAAGGCGCCGCAGAUACGCGAAUUAUUCAAAAAGUACGGCACCGUUGUGGAAUGCGACAUCGUACGUAACUACGGGUUCGUACAUUUAGAAUCCUCGGGAGACGUGAACGAAGCUAUCAAAGAAUUGAAUGGAACGAUGGUGGACGGUCAACCCAUGAAGGUGCAAAUAUCGACGUCGCGCGUUCGUCAACGUCCCGGCAUGGGCGAUCCGGAGCAGUGUUACCGUUGCGGGCGCGGCGGUCAUUGGUCGAAGGAAUGCCCCAAAGGUAUGGGGCCCGAAAGGUUCCGCGAAAGAAUGUUCGGAAGGGAUCCGUAUCCUCCUCCACCGCCGCCACCUUUUCUGCGCGACCGCAUGAUGGGACGAUUUGGGGACGGUUACGACGCUUACUACGACAGACGAUUCGAAGAUUCUCGAGAUUUAUACGAACGUCGUUAUUCCGGCAUAGCGAGCAGUCGAGAUGUCGGUAUACGCGGCGGUAGCGCACGAGAUUUUAUGCCGCCGCCGUUACCGCCACGUCGUGAACCGUUACCGCCUAUGCCGACUAUCGGUUUGAGAGGCGGUCCUUCUACCGGUAUGGGUAGUAGCUUGAGGGAGAGCAGUUAUUCGAGAAGCGCCAGCGAUUAUGGUAUGUUUAGUAGGAGAACGCCGCCACCGACCGGUUUGAGAAGCAGUCGAAUGUACGAGGAUUUUAGCAGAGAUUCGUUCGACGAUAGAAGGCCGGGUUUAAGGGGUGCAUCACCUCCGAGAAGAUACGCACCGUAUUAAUUUCGUUUAGAAUGACUUAAACAUUGAUAAGAACCAAUCAAGGCACUAGUUAUGGUGAAAUGUAUAUAAAAUUUUUACUUUUUACCAUCCAGUGAUAUGCUUUUUCGAAAAAAAAGGUGUUAAUAUUUAUUUUUAGUUGAGAUAAUGAACUUCGAAUGGCGGAGUGAUUUUUUUUCAAAUUGUCAUCUCUGUCGAAAUAAUUUUUUGUAUACUCAAUUUUUUCUAUGGAAACAAACAAAUUUUUCUCUCUUAAACUUCGCAUCUACUGGGUGUUCGAUAUUUUCUUUACAUCAACGACUUUUUGAUCAUUUUAGUUACAGGUGAUUUCAACUUUGUAUCUAAUGAUAAAUAAAAAUGACUCAAUUAUAAUAGAUUUUUUUG